ACCCACCGUGUCUUCGCUUAGCUAUAAAGCCGCGAGGUUUCAGCUUCGAGAUUGCGCGGAGACGAUAAAUCUCGCGAGAACUCUGAUUGCGGCUCAACUUGCGAAGGGGCGGUUAGGCGCAAGGGGGUCCUUGUUCGUCAGAGCUCUCAGUUUGUGUUUGCUUCUUCGGCCUUCACGCUGGAUGGCCGGUUUUUCUUUUGUACGUGAACUUGAGAAAAGGUCGCUUCCCCCUAGUCUAGACACGGUGAAAAAGCUAAGGAGAGGUGAAAUAAUUUGCCCAGGGUCAUACAGAGGCUGUAAAUUGCUGCCGCUGCCCCUGCUGCUAUCCCUGCUGCUGUUUGCAGUGGGCUGUGCCACACAUGAUCUGCUUAGCUCCUGGGAAAUGAUGGGGUUGAUGAUACUCUCCUGAAAAACCUUUCAUCACAGAGAUUCAGCUCAGAGCAUAUUGAAGUGUAGACAGUGACUUAUCUUUGGAUGGUGAAACCAUCUUUAAGCAUCAGUAGUAAAAGUCUGCAAGCAUUGGAAUAAGACUUUUGCAAAACAACAUUGUGGAGCAUGGAUUCUCUAUCAGAAGAGUUUUUUACAAGUAGGGCUCCAACUGUGGAGGGGCAGACUAAGGAGGAAAUCAAAAAUAAGGUAGAAAAAUCUACUGACCAACUGGGUAAACAGGAAAAGGACACACCUACUGAUCUUGUUCCUGUUAACUUACUAUUAGAAGUGAAGAAAUUAUUGACUGCAAUUAAUACUCUACCAAAAGGUGUGAUCCCUCACAUUAAGAAGUUCUUACAAGAAAAUUUUUCCUUCCAAAUCAUGCAGAGAGAAGUUGCAACUAACAGCCAGAACGGGGAGGAAAUUGUUCCUGUUUUGAAUUUACGUUUCUUGAUAACACAACUGGAAGCAGCUCUUAGGAACAUUCAGGCUACUAAUUAUACUGCACAUCAGAUUAAUGUUGGUUAUUAUUUGACAUUACUGUUUUUGUAUGGAGUGGCACUUACUGAAAGAGGAAAGAAAGAGGAUUACACAGAAGCGGAGAAUAAAUUUCUAGUGAUGAAGAUGGUGAUCCAAGAGAAUGAAAUUUGUGAGAACUUUAUGUCUUUAGUUUAUUUUGGACGUGGUUUGCUUCGAUGUGCUCAGAAGAGAUAUAAUGGAGGUCUGCUAGAAUUUCAUAAAAGUUUACAAGAAAUAGGAGAUACAAAUGAUCCUUGGUUUGACAUAGAUCCUACAGAAGAUGAAGAUUUACCUACAACUUUUAAAGAUUUUCUUAAUGAUUUUAUCAAGACAACAGAAAGUAAUAUAAUGAAGCAGACCAUUUGCAGUUACCUAGAUUGUGAACGAUCUUGCGAAGCUGACAUUUUGAAGAACACCAAUUACAAGGGAUUUUUUCAGUUAAUGUGUAGUAAAAGCUGCUGUGUUUAUUUCCAUAAAAUUUGUUGGAAAAAGUUCAAGAAUUUAAAAUAUCCAGGUGAAAAUGAUCAGGCCUUUAGUGGGAAAAAAUGUUUGAAGGAAGGAUGUACAGGUGACAUGGUAAGGAUGCUACAAUGUGAUGUGCCUGGAAUUGUUAAGAUUUUGUUUGAAGUUGUGAGAAAGGAUGAAUAUAUAACCAUUGAAAAUUUAGGAGCAAGUUAUAAAAAGUUAAUGUCUCUGAAAAUUACUGAUACUGAUUUAAGACCGAAGAUCAGUUUAAAAUUUAGUACAAAAGAUGAAAUGCCUAUCUUCAAACUUGAUUAUAAUUAUUUCUAUCACCUGCUUCAUAUAAUUAUCAUUUCUGGUACUGACAUUGUCCGGCAAAUAUUUGAUGAGGCUAUGCCACCCCCUCUUUUGAAAAAAGAGCUUCUUAUACACAAGAAUGUGCUGGAACCCUACUACAACCAUCUUUGGACCAAUCACCCUUUGGGUGGAGCAUGGCAUCUGCUUUAUCCCCCAAACAAGGAGCUACCACAGUCUAAACAGUUUGACUUAUACCUCCUCUUAGCUCUCAUAAAGCAUUUGAAUGUAUUCCCUGCACCCAAAAAAGGCUGGAAUAUGGAACCAACAUCUUCUGAUCUCUCUAAGUCUGCAGACAUCUUGAGGCUGUGCAAAUACAGGGAUAUCCUCCUUAGUGAGAUUUUGAUGAAUGGUCUCACUGAGUCACAAUUCAAUUCAAUUUGGAAAAAAGUUUCAGAUAUUCUUCUGCGCCUCGGGAUGAAGCAAGAGGAUAUUGAGAAAGUGAAGGAGAAUCCCAUUGAGAAUAUCUCCCUCGAUUACCAUCAACUGUCCAUCUACCUAGGCAUACCAGUACCAGAAAUCAUCCAGAGGAUGUUAUCCUGCUAUCAACAAGGAAUUGCUCUACAGUCAAUAACAGGCAGUCAACGUAUUGAAAUAGAAGAGUUACAGAAUGAGGAAGAAGAACUAAGUCCACCCCUCAUGGAGUAUAAUAUAAACGUGAAAUCAAACCCUGAAAUACAGUUAGCAGAAAUGAAUAAAGAUGGAGCAUCGAUACCCAGUGAAUCUUCAACAGAAUCUGUUAAAGAUCUCCAGGAAGUUAAGAGUAAACCAAAGAAAAAGAAAAAGACUAAGAAUAAAAAGAAUAAGGAAUCAAAAGAAGAGCAAGGCCCAAAUAUGAUAGGAAAGGAAGAGCCGUUGAAGAAAGAGCAAGUAAAUCUACACCCAGUCAGUGGAUUUAUGAAAGAUGAUGCAAGUGAUAUUCAAGAGGAUUCUGCAACUGAAGACAAGUUCUAUAGCCUGGAUGAACUGCAUAUUCUGGACAUGAUAGAGCAGGGCUCAACCAGCAAAGUAACUGCAGAAUAUGGAGAAACAGAGAAGGAAAAGCUUGCUCGGCAGAGGCAGCUUUAUAAAUUGCACUAUCAAUGUGAAGAUUUCAAAAGACAGUUGAAAACAGUGACUUUUCGGUGGCAAGAAAACCAAAUGCAGAUUAAGAAGAAAGACAAAAUCAUUGCAUCUCUGAACCAACAAGUGGCUUUCGGAAUCAAUAAAGUUUCCAAAUUACAGCGUCAGAGCCAUGCUAAAGAUAAUGAAAUCAAGAAUCUUAAAGAGCAACUUUCCAUGAAAAGAUCUCAGUGGGAAAUGGAGAAGCAUAAUCUGGAAAGCACAAUUAAAACAUACUUAAACAAACUGAAUGCAGAAACUAGCAGAGCAUUAACAGCUGAGGUGUAUUUCUUACAGUGUCGUAGAGAUUUUGGUUUGCUUCAUCUAGAGCAGACUGAAAAGGAGUGCCUCAGUCAUCUUGCCCGGGUGACUCAUAUGGCAGCAAGCAAUCUGGAAUCACUUCAAUUAAAGGCUGCAGUAGAGAGUUGGAAUGCCAUCGUAACAGAUGUUAGAAAUAAGAUUGCAUUCCUCAGGACACAGUACAAUGAACAAAUUAACAAGGUGAAGAAAGGGUUUGCCUUGAGUACUCUGCCUCCAAUCCAGCUUCCUCCACCACCACCUAGUCCUGAGAUACUGAUGCAGCAGUUCUUUGGAAGACCCCUUGUGAAAGAAUCUUUCUUUAGACCCAUACUCACUGUUCCUCAGAUGCCUGCUGUUUGCCCUGGAGUCAUCUCUGCGCCUGGCCAGCCUAGAGCCCCUCUGAUGACUGGUAUAGCCUGGACUGUGCCGGCACCUGCGGGAGAGGCUGUGUCUCCCAGUGCAGGUCUGGGAAGUGAUCCCCCCAUGAUGAAUUGGGAGAGGAUUACAGACAGGCUGAAAACUGCUUUUCCACAACAAACCAGAAAGGAGCUCACGGAUUUCUUACGAAAAUUGAAGGACAUUCAUGGGAAGUCCUUAUCUGGACUGACAUUUGAUGAAAUUGUGUAUAAGAUUUCCCAAUUUAUUGAUCCCAAGAGAUCACAGAGUCAAGGAAAAUCUGUGCCGAAUGGUAACUGUGUUUCACCCAGCCACACACCUCCACAGUCUACUGCUGCCCAGCCCCCAAAACCAGCCUGGAGGCCCCUCAGUUCACAAGGGCCUGCCUCAUGGGAAGGAGCCAAUAAUUUGGAUGAUGAGGAGGAAGAAGAGGAGCCUUGUGUGAUCUGUCAUGAGAAUCUCUCUCCAGAAAGCCUCUCCGUUUUGCCUUGUGCUCACAAAUUCCAUUCUCAGUGCAUUAGACCUUGGCUGAUGCAACAGGGGACAUGCCCAACCUGCAGACUCCAUGUUUUGUUACCAGAAGAAUUUCCGGGUCACCCCAGCCGGCACUUGCCAAAGAUCUGAUCCAAGGGGAUGAUUAUGCAAAGGAAGUUCAGUUAUCAGAUUCCAGAAUUUAGUUUUGCCUUUUAUUAUGAGCUGAUAGUGUGAAUGGUGUAAAGCAGUGUGCGCUUUGUACAAAAAAGAAGCUAGCUAGCUAAUCUCAUCAAAGCUGCCGCCAAAGAGGACAGGACCCAUUUUCAGGACUUAGAGCUGAACUGAAAGGGAUAAAAUUUUUAAAGUUACAUUACAUUUGCCCUUAUAUUAGUAAGCAUUUUCUUCCAAUGUAAACAUCAUUGUUAGCACAUAUCUUACGAUGUUUUUGUCUUUUUCCUUCUUAUUCCACUUAUCCUUUAUUGUCUCUCAAUAUAUGCUAUAUCUUAAUUUCCUGAAAUCAAUUUAAGAGGAAAAGUAGAAUAGCAAACAGGAACAUUCCAGAUUUUAUUUUUUCUUUCAACUUUUUAAACUGUUUACAAAGUACACAACUGAAUUAUUUAAACUUCAUCCUUAUCUUCCCUUCUAAAUAUGGCCUCUAAAUAUGUGCCCAUGAAGAGAUUAUGAGCUACUUGAGGUUGUGGACCAUACAGUGGUGUGUUGGAGCUUAGCUAAUAAUAGUUUAUGAGAAGUGACUGUUGAAGUUUCAGGAAUUUUGUGAGCCAGUGAUCGAAUUGUUCUUAGUUUGAAAUCUGCAUAGUGGGAGUAUUUACACCAUAGAAAUUUGUAAAUGUUAUUAAGUCAGGGUUUCUCUUCCCAAGAACUUGCUGUUAAACAUUUGCCAGUACGCCACUGGGACCGUGUCUGAUCCUCCUAUGUGUUCUCGAUGCCUUGCAUAGUAGGUGUAGCAUAAAUAUUCCCAGAAUCAAAUCAGGAAAUAGAAAUGAGUUAAUGUGUAAAUUAAGUCACUUGCUCAGUUGAAUAAUUGAGAUAUUAUGUUCAUUUGUGAACAUUGUCGUUGGAUCUUACACUUGAAGGAUUUUUUUUUUUUCUGCCUUAAAAGUUUCUUAAUUUCACUUUGUCAUGCUGCAGGGUGUGGGGUACUGUUUGUAUGUAGAUGCUUCUUAUGACAAAGUUAACAUUUACCGGGCUAAGCUGCUAUCUAAAGCUUGUCAGUAGGAACUUACUUAGAGGUCAAAAACCUAUUUUGAAAAUAGUAUUGUAUAAAUGCUGUAAGUGUUGUACAUGUCUCUAAAAAAAUCUAAAUUCAGUUACCAUGUAAGAUGUUAUUUGGUUCACAUUUGUUUCCAUAAAUUAAUGAAAAUGAGACUGUGAAUAAGUGUUUUGACUCUAUUUUAUCUGUAUAUUUAAGUGUAAAUGUAUCUUGAAGUUACUUUAAAUCUCUAUUUAAAACUGCUAUUUCUGUAAUUGUAUGCUAAAUGUUUUCUUCUGUAAUGACAAUAGACUGGAAAAUGUGGAGGAAAAUAUCCCAAAAAAAAAAAAAAAAAAAAGGAAGGCAGUCUUUUAGACACUUAAAAUGCCAUGAAUGUCUCAGAAUUGAAAAAUUCAGAAAUUAUAAGGCCUUCAAUAAUUAUCUUGUCUAACACCUUGAGGUCAUGGUCUUAUAGCAAACUAUAAUUACAAACAAUUGUAAAACAAUUGUUUCUUAGUUUGUUUACAUCAAUGAUUUCACUUCCAUGUGGGAAAGAUUUUAUCUGUAUAUGAGCUUAAAUGUAUCCUGAAACUAUUUUAAAUCUGUUUAAAACAUCUA